AUGGAACAAUCGAAUAAACCGCAUAGGAGUGGGAGUACAAAUAAAACUCCAGCAAAGAAGAAGCUACAUCAAAAUGGUCAAAAUAAAAAAGCAUUUGCUGUGGCUGCUCCCAGAAAAUUAGAGAAAAUGGCAAGAAGAAGUCAUGAUGUAAAUGAACGGAAAUUACAUGUACCAAUGGUUGAUCGUACACCAGAUGAUGAUCCACCUCCAGUUAUAGUUGCAAUUGUUGGACCUCCAGGUACUGGUAAAACUACAUUAAUAAAGUCGUUAAUUAGAAGAUUGACAAAAACUACAUUACAAGAUAUAAAUGGUCCAAUUACCGUUGUCAGUGGUAAACGAAGAAGAUUGACAUUUAUAGAAGUUGGAAAUGACUUAAAUUCAAUGAUUGACAUUGCUAAAAUAGCAGAUUUAGUCCUUUUAUUAAUUGAUGGUAAUUAUGGUUUAGAAAUGGAGACUAUGGAAUUUUUAAAUAUUGCUCAACAUCAUGGUAUGCCUAGAGUUCUAGGUGUUGCUACUCAUUUAGAUUUAUUUAAAAGUCAAUCGACAUUAAGAUUAUCCAAAAAAAGAUUGAAGCAUAGAUUUUGGACUGAAGUAUACCAAGGUGCUAAAUUAUUUUAUUUAUCUGGUGUUAUUAAUGGAAGAUAUCCAGAUCGUGAGAUAUUAAACUUGUGUCGAUUUAUAUCAGUUAUGAAAUUCAGACCCUUGAAAUGGAGAAAUGAACAUCCGUAUUUAUUAGCAGAUAGAAUAACUGACCUCACACAUCCAAUGACAAUACAAGAAAAUCCAAAAUGUGAUCGUAAAAUUGCGAUAUAUGGUUAUUUACAUGGUACACCAUUGAAUUAUGAAAAUCAAAUGGUUCAUAUCUGUGGUGCUGGUGAUUAUCAAGUUGCAAAUGUUGAAAAAUUACCUGAUCCAUGUCCUACACCAUAUUUUGAACAAAAAUUGGAAGAAAUUGAACGUGAAAAGAUAAAACAACAGAUUGAAAAUGGUGAAAAACCAGCUAGAACUACUACUAGAAGAAGGAAAAGAUUGGAAGAUAAACAGAAAAUCAUAUAUGCUCCUAUGUCUGAUGUUGGUGGUGUUUUAGUUGAUAAAGAUGCUGUUUAUAUAGAUACUGGUAAUAAUUUUAAUAAGGAUAAUGAAAAUAAAGGUGAAGGAGAACAAUUAGUUGUUGAUUUACAAGAUGUUUCAAAAACAAUAAAGGAAAGAUUUGAAGAAGGACCAGGAUUACAAUUAUUUUCAAAUUCGAAUGCAUUAAAUGAAGUAGAUGAAGACGAAGAAGCAGAGUUAGAUUUAUUAUCUGAUGAAGAAACUAUAGUGGAUACAGGUAGAACAUUAUUAAGAAAAGCUAAAGUUUAUGGUAAAUCAAUUAGUGAAGAUGAUGAAUUUGAUAAAGAAUUAUCAGAUAAUGAAGAAGAAGAAGAUAUUGAUGAAUUUGAACAUGGAAAAGUUGAAGUAGAUUUUGGUAAUCAAUAUAGUGAUAAAGAAUUAGAUUACGUUGAAGAUUCGGCAUUGUCUUCUGAUGACGAAGAAAAUGGUUAUUAUAAUACAGCACAAAAAUUGAAAGGAUCAAUACGAAGAAAUUGGGACAUUAAUAAAUUAUUAUAUCUACCAAAUAUAGAACCUGAAGAUGUAUUGAAACGAUGGAGAGGUGAAGAAGAUGAAGAAAAAGAAGAAAAUAUAGAAGAUGACGAAGAAGAUUUCUUCAAAAAGAAAGAAAUUAAACAAGUAGAUCAAGAUGAUAGUAUAAAACCAAGCUUUCCAAGUUUAGAAGUACUCAAAGAAAGAUUUGAAGAGGAGUCAAAUUCAGACGAAGAAUAUGAAAAUGGUUAUAAGAUAUUAAAGAAUAGAUUAUUAACAGCUCCAAAAUUAAACGAAGUGGAUACUGAAAAGCAAGAAGAUGAGGGUAAUGAAGAUGAAGAAUUAUAUGGUGAUUUUGAAGAUUUGGAAAAUGAAGAUCAAGAAGAAAAGGAAGAAAACCAAGAACAAGAAGAUAAUCAAGAUGAUUUUGCCGAUUUCGAUAAAGAAGAAAAUGAUGAAGGUGAGUCUGAUAAUGAACCAGAAGAUAAUUCAGAUCUAUCAAUUGAAGAACAACGUAAAUUAAAUGCAGCCAAGAAAGCCAAAUUGAAAAUGCAAUUUGAAGAAGAAGAAGAUCGUGAAUUUGGUGUUGAAGAUCCUGAAGGUGAUACUGAAGCUGAAACAUGGUAUGAAUUUCAAAAGAAUAAAAUGGCCAAACAAUUAGAAAUCAAUAAACAACAAUAUGAUCAAAUGACACCAGAACAAAGAAUGAAAGUAGAAGGUUAUAAAGCUGGCUCAUAUGUUAAAAUUACAUUUAUUAAUUUACCUUGUGAAUUUAUAAAUAAUUUUAAUCCUAAAUUCCCAUUAGUUUUAGGUGGUUUAUUAUCUACUGAAUUAAGAUUUGGUGUAAUGAAUGCAAGAAUAAGAAGGCAUCGUUGGCAUAAAAAAAUAUUAAAAACACAAGAUCCAUUAAUUUUAUCAUUAGGUUGGAGAAGAUUUCAAACAUUACCUAUAUAUACCACAUCUGAUUCAAGAACAAGAAAUAGGAUGUUGAAAUAUACUCCUGAACAUGCUUAUUGUUUUGCAUCAUUUUAUGGACCUUUAGUUGCUCCAAAUACAACAUUCGUUGGUUUUAAUAUAAUUGAUAAUAAAUCAACUACUGGCGCUUUUAGAGUUUCAGCAACUGGUAUAAUAGAAGAUAUAAAUUCUUCAGUUGAAAUUGUGAAAAAAUUAAAACUAGUAGGUUAUCCAUAUAAAAUUUUCAGAAAUACUGCAUUUAUUAAAGAUAUGUUUUCAAAUGCAUUGGAAGUUGCAAAAUUUGAAGGUGCUCAAAUUAGAACAGUUUCAGGUAUACGAGGUGAAAUUAAACGUGCAUUAUCUAAACCAGAUGGUUAUUAUAGAGCAACAUUUGAAGAUAAAAUUUUAAUGUCUGAUAUUAUAUUUUUGAAAACCUGGUAUCCUGUUAAAGUCAAGAAAUUUUAUAAUCCAGUUACUUCAUUAUUAUUAAAUGAUCAUAAUGAAUGGCAAGGUAUGAGAUUAACAGGUAAAAUUAGAGCUGAUGAACAAAUUGAAACUCCAAUGAACAAUGAUUCUAGUUAUAAAAAAAUCGAAAGACCAGAAAGAAGAUUUAAUCCUUUGAAAGUACCAAGGUCAAUCAAGGCUGACUUACCUUAUAAGUCACAAAUAUCAGAAAUGAAACCACAAAAGAAGAAAACAUAUAUGGCUAAGAGGGCAGUUGUGUUAGGUGGUGAAGAAAAGAAGAAGCGUGAUUUGAUACAAAAAUUACAAACGAUAAGUAAAGAAAAAGAACAGAAACGUAAAAGUAAAAAAGAUGAAAAGUUUAAAGAAAGAUUAAAGAAAAUAGCCAAGGUUGAAGAAUUAAGAAAAGAAAAGGAAAAAGAACGAAAGAAAGAAUAUUUCCAAAAAGAAGGUAAAAAGAGAUCAAUCAAUUUUGAAGGAUCUUCUAAAAGACAAAAAACUUGA